UUCUUGAGGAGUGGGUAAGGAUUUCCUGUUUCUAUACUGCACUUGGAUACAGGAAGUGAUUUGUUAGCGGGCCUUUUAACCCAAAUAUAAGUAUAUACGUAAAUUUAGAAGGAUCUGGGGAUUCUUUGCAAUUUGUAGGUCGGCCAGCCUUGGGAUAUCACAUUCGAUAUACUUUUGGACAGCUGUUUGUUCGCGGGUUUUGACACAAGGCUCACAUUAUGGCUGCAGUAGCCCAGCUGUUUGAGGAGCCGUUUGAUGCUGAUGAGUACAUCGAGAGACUGGCCUGGAGGACACCAGGAGGGGGGUCCAAGGGAGGAGCCGAGGCCUUCGAUCCCAAAAGGUUGCUUGAGGAGUUUGACAACCACAUCGAAGAGUUGAAGCAGCUGGAUGAAAGGAUCCAGCGCAAGGUGGAGAAGCUGGAGCAGCAGUGUCACAGGGAGGCCAAAGAAUUCGCUCACAAAGUCCAGGACCUUCAGAGGAGCAACCAGGUGGCUUUCCAGCACUUCCAGGAACUUGAUGAACACAUCAGCUAUGUUGCCACGAAAGUGUGCCACCUUGGUGACCAGCUGGAGGGGGUGAACACGCCGCGCCAGAGGGCAGUGGAGGCGCAGAGGCUUAUGACCUACUUCAAUGAGUUUCUUGAUGGGGACCUUCGCAGCGAUGUCUUCAACAACCCUGAAAAGAUCAAGGAAGCUGCAGACAUCAUUCAGAAGCUGCAUCUAAUUGCACAGGAGCUGCCAUUUGACAGGUUUGCUGAUGUAAAGGCCAAAAUCGCUAGUAAGUAUCAUGACCUGGAACGGCAGCUGAUUCAGGAGUUCACCAGUGCCCAGCGCAGGGGGGAGAUUGGACGCAUGCGAGAAGUUGCUGCUGUCCUCCUUCAUUUUAAGGGGUAUGCACAUUGUGUAGAUGUCUACAUCAAGCAGUGUCAAGAGGGUGCAUACAUGUGCAAGGACGUAUUUGAAGACACUGCAGCUUUGUGUCAACGUGUCAACAAGCAGGUCGGGGAGGUCUUCAGCAGCCCAGAAACCGUCAUGGCCAAGCUCAUCCAGAGCAUCUUUGAUAACAAGUUACAGGCUCACGUGAAGGAGCAGUUGGAUGAGGCUCGGCACUCUGACGUGGAGCAGUACCUUAAAAACCUGUACGACCUCUACUCCAGGACAACACUCUUGACUAACAAACUGGCGGAGUUCAACCUGGGUUCAGACAAGCACACCUUCCUAUCCAGGCUCAUCAAAAACAUCUUCUCCGUGUACCUGGAGAAUUACAUUGAGAUGGAACGUCAGUACCUACAGAGUCGCAGUGCCAUGAUUCUGCAACGUUAUUACGACUCUAAGAACCAUCAGAAGAGACUUCUGGGCACUGGCAGUAUCCAGGAACUGAAGGAACGCAUAAGGCAACGCACUAACCUACCACUAGGGUCAAGUAUCGAUACACACGGUGAGACCUUUCUCUCACAGGAUAUAGUCGUCAAUUUAUUACAAGAAACACGUCGUGCCUUUGAAAGGUGCCAUAAGCUGUCUGAUCCUGCAGAUCUCCCCAGGAAUGCCUUCUGUAUUUUUAUACUCCUUGUGGAUCACCUGUGUGUAGAUCACAUGGACUAUGCCCUGGAAAUCGGCCUAUCAGCAAUUCCAUCACCUGAUGCAAAAAAUGCCAACUUAUACUUCCUUGAUGUGGUGCAUCAAGCCAACACUAUCUUCCAUCUGUUUGACAAGCAGUUUAAUGAUCAUCUCAUGCCAUUAAUCAGCUCUUCCCCCAAGCUUACCGAGUGUCUGCACAAGAAGAAGGAGGUGAUUGAGCAGAUGGAGGUCAAGUUGGACACCGGAAUAGACAGGACACUGAACUGCAUGGUGGGACAGAUGAAGCAGAUCCUGGCAACUGAGCAGAAGAAAACUGAUUUCAGGCCUGAGGAUGAGAAUAAUGUCAUGAUUCAGUAUACCACAGCGUGUUCAAAGGUGUGUGUGUACGUCAGCUGGCAGGUGGAACGUGUACGGCGCUCCAUGGAUGGGAAGAAUGUGGACACUGUUCUGGCGGAGCUGGGUGUGCGCUGUCACCGGCUGAUCCACGAGCAUCUGCAGCAGUUCACCUACAGCUCGAUGGGAGGCAUGCUGGCCAUCUGUGAUGUGGCGGAAUACCGUCGCUGUGCAAAGGACUUUAAGGUUCCACUGGUGCUCCAGCUGUUUGACACACUUCACGCCCUGUGCAAUCUGCUCGUUGUUGCCCCCGACAACCUCAAACAGGUCUGCUCUGGAGAGCAGCUCACCAACCUGGACCGGAACCUUCUCCACACCUUCGUCCAGCUGAGGGCCGACUACCGCUCCUCCCGCCUGGGACGGCACUUUACUUAAUGGCAACUGUGUGACCGGUGGAAUAGUCCCUCAUUUAAACAUGCCUAAUGUCCAGAAUCAACUGUGGCCGGUGGAAUAGUCCCUCAUUUAAACAUACCUAAUGUCCAUAAUCAACAGUAAUAGACUACAAGAAAUCAAUUCAUUAGAUAGAUACAUUCAUAUGUUUGUGUUUGAGUCACACGGUUUGACAUGCCUUGUGUUGUGCCAAAUAUGCUUUACUUAAUGAUGCAGGUUUGAGUAAUUACUAAGGUGUAGUCUGUCCUCCCUGUGUAUAUGAUUGUGAAUGGGUCCAUAUAGGGCUUGGCAUAGGCUCACAACAAUACAGUGCUCUCUACUUAAGAUUCAAAUAAACUGACCAUAUUGUAAUAUUGUAACGUGUAUAACAAUGGCAGUCACCAUUACCUCAAGUUAUCUGCUGUUUCAUUAUAAAAGUGUUGCAGAACCAUUUACAUGA